AUGUCAUCCACACAUGUAUUUAAUCCGAAUGAAGAUGUUAAUACGGCCAAGCAAAAGAAGAGGAAACGCGCCACGGGUCAUUUUGAGUGCACUUACCCCAACUGCAGCAAAACAUUCACACGUUCGGACCACCUCUCACGACAUCGAUUGAAUCACAACCCAACGAGGAGGUAUGUUUGUAGCUGGGAAGGAUGCGAUAAAUCAUUUGCAAGAAGUGACGUUAGGGACAAACACUUCCAGAGGCACCAACAGAGGAAUGUGCUUCCUUCACCUACAACGCCCGUGUCAGAGAAGGACGGGUCCUCCAGAACCAUGGUGAAAGAUGGAUCCAACAAGGACAUUUUCCGAUGGCUCUUGAACACAGAUUAUGCAGUACAGGACUUCCUACCAGGCAAAGUAAUAGAACCUCUUGAUAGCUUUUUUUAUUUUGAUGUUGAUCGCUCUCCUGAUUCGGACAUUCAAGAUUUAUUGAUUGGAUCAAAGGGCACUGACAUAGUUCGUCAGCCCGUAGUCAUGGAACAACCUGACGCUGCAGGAAAAUCUCAGGAGAAAGGUCUGCAUUCCAGCUAUGUACCAGAAAGUGGACAGAAAGUUUCUUCGGAUGGCAAAAAUAAUUUCAACAACUCGAAUGGUGACCCAACACUAAUUGACCAGACUUACUUUGACGAUGUUCUUAGAGAUAAGCUUAUUCAACUUGUACCAGGAUUGCAAUACCAUGCAGAUUUUGAACCUGUAGUGAUACGAUACUGUCUGAAUGUCUUUUGGACCGUUUUUCACCCCCAAUACCCCUUUAUUCAUAGACCUACUUUCAAGUCAGCUGAAGCACACCCUCUUUUACUUUUGAGCAUCAUUAUGGUAGGUUUGGGAUUUGUUAACAAGAACCCUGAUCAUCGGAUAGACUCUAUUUCAAUCACUGAUAGCUACAGUUUGGGCAAUAUCAUAGCUCACCCAUUGAGGUGGCUUAUCUGCUCUUCACACGAGUUCACGACUCCCCCAGAAUUAUGGAUUAUACAAAGCCUGAUUCUUUUAGAAAUCUACGAAAUAAAUUUUUCCAACAGGAAGUUGCAUGAAAGGGCAUAUUUGCAUCAUGGAUUGAAAACUCAGCUACUUCGGAGAUCUCCUCUUUUAGGAGGUGAUCCAUUAAAGAACAAACAAGAUGAUGAUGAAUCAAACACUACAAAUGCUCAGAAAUGGUUAAAACGUGAAUCAAUGAAAAGAGCAGCUUUUAUGUGUUUCCAUUUGGAUACCACUCAUGGCGCAAUAUUUGGACACGAAAUGAUACUCAAUUCCCAUCAAAUUAAGUUUUCUCUGCCAUGUAACGAGAAUUUGUGGAAUCAGACGUUAUCCGGGUCAGAGAAAAUCAAACCAGCCAUGAACUUUCUGGAUGUGUUGAAGCUGCUUCUAAAACAACAGGAUCCUCCAUCUACUUUAGUUGAAACCUUUGAUUUUUCUAGUAACCAUUUGAAUGAAAAUCUGAAACUGAGUGGUUUGAUUUCGGUUUUAUUUCAAUUAGAGGAAAAGGACAUGGAGUUGAAACUUUUGGAGUGGGAGUCAAUGAAAGCUUCUUGGAGAGACACCCUAACACUGGCCCUAGAUUGGUGGAAAGAUCACUUACUAUCGCAGAAACUUUCAACAUUUUCUAAUUUGAGUGGAAACUAUUGCACAGGUACGUCAUUAUUAUGCGAAUUCCCCGUUUACUUCAUCUUACAGACGUUUAUGAAGAUGAAACAAUAUGAUUUUAUAAUUUUCACAGGAGCACCAACUAGGAUGAAUGUCCGCGUGGGUAUGAGUGAUUAUACGAUAGUGGAGAAGAGAAUUCGUUCCUGGUCAAAAUCCAGCGCAGGAUCUUUUUCGGUGGUUUUUCUUUACUUGUUUCUCAUUGAUUUAUUGCUGGUCAGUGAUGCUGAGAAACAAGAUUUAGAAUUUACAUAUGACCCCAAUACCGAUCCAAUACUUUACAGACCCAAUCUUGUGGCUCUAUCGUUGAUGAUACUGUGGUCGUAUAAUUUUAUUCAGGAGGGGCCUGAAUCCACUGUCAUGGCGAACCUUAAGGAAGGUAUGGAUGAUUUGCCCAUGAACGAUAAAGAUAUUCCAUACCAGGAAUGUGGCAGAGACUACCUGAAGAGAAUUCGCAAUGAGCUGAUGGUUGACGAGAAUCAACUAAAACUAUCAUCAGACCUUAAUACUAUAAAACUUUACUCCAAAAUAAUUACAGGAAUGACCCACAAGAAUCGAAUGGUUGGUCUCCUCAAGUUCUUCAAGAAAGGUUUUUUGAAUUGCACUAGUACAAUCUGCCGUGAAUAUGGGAGACUUCUAGAGAACUGCAUAUCCCGGAGCUUGGGGAGAAGACGUAUUCUCUGUAACAACAUGAACCAAUAA